GAAACGAGGGGAAAUAUACAAGAUGGUUGAUAAAAGGCGAAUGUAAGCUGCAACGUCAAAGCCAAAGAUAAAUACAAUAUUGACUUGGAAUCAAGCUUUCGUUUGACACGCAGGUAUUUCACAGUUAUUUAUUUAACAAGUGUCAACAGUGAAAGGUUCUUGUUACAUUUUUCGUUAAUUGGUUAUUUUUAUCAAAAAUUAACUGAUCAGUAUUUCUCCAGACGUCAAUUUUUAUCACUAUAUUGUCAAUUGAGAAGUUUACUUCCUGAAAGAAAAAAUUCAAUAACAAUGAGCAACGAGGAUUUCGAUCCAUGCGAAUGCAUGUUUAAUCAUCAUUUGGCAAUGCAACGUCUUUUAUCCUUUUUGCGGCAAACUCAGGGUUACUGUACUGACAAUGAAUGUUUCACCGUUUCAAGGUUGCCUGGACCGUCAAAUACACCAAGUGACAAUUUCUUCAUGUUAUUUGUGAUGCUUGGGGUAAUGAUGAUCAUCUUCGCACUUAGGCCAAAAUCUUUGAGACGGAAGCAACCGGAUGAUAUGAAAGUCCCUCGUGGUGGAUCAGGUUCAAAUGAUGACCCUCCAACACCACCAACAAUUCACUAAGGACCAAAAAAAUAACAUUUGGCGAGGAUUUUGAUUGCAGUUUUAAUCACUCAACGAUUUAACUAACAAUCAUUAAAUUUGCAUUUGACUGGAACACCAAUGGACACGAAUUUUAAAAAAGUAUUACUAACAAUGGAGGCUAGAAAUUGAAAAAUUCAAAUUUCUACCAAAUGAUAGAAGACAGAGAGAGAGAGAGAGGGGGGGGGGAGAGAGAGAGAGAGAGAGAAAUAGAGAAAAAUAACUAGUUAUUUGAUAAAAUUUUGCAUAAAAAAUGUCUGUUGAAAAACAUAUCUUUAAAAGAUAUUUUAAUAAUGAGAAUUUUUAAAUUUGAUAUAUUUCAUCGUUCCUAAAGAAUUUGUAAAUAGAGAAAAAAUCUACACAUUUUUCUACUGUUAGAAGUCGUUAAUAGAAAUCGACACUAAAAUAUGCUAUUCUUGACUUUUUCUUAUUAUUAACUUUACUUAAAAAACGAAAUUGUCUUACUUUAAUUUAAAAUAUAUAAAUCCAGUAUUAAUUGGACUAGUCUUUCUAAAAAUUAUGUGAUCUAGAUAUCACAAAGAAUUGCAGUAAUUGCUCACAAAAUACAUUGGAAAUGGCCUACUGUUAAUUUUUCCUAUAUUUUCAGAUUUAUUAUUUCCAAGUAAAGUUAUAAUUUAGUUAAGCUCAAAAAUUAAGUAGUUUAGCUGUGAUUCGGGUUUAAACUUACCCCCUAAUUUUUGGUAAAAAUUAUUAAUGUAUGUAUAUAAAAUGAAACCUUUGAGAAUUACCCCUUGUGCAAUGGAAAAAUUACCGGUAAACCAUUUCUAAUACAUUUUGUGUAGGGUCUUUUAUGACAAUUACUACAACUAAAAAAAAAAUAACACACAGUAAUAAAACUAUCGAAAUUUAAAAAAAGUUAUUUUUUCAAUUUAUUUAGAGAAACUUGGAUAAUUCAAGAGAUGAUUUUAAUAAAUUGAUGUUUGUAGAUCAAAUUAUCGAUUUUUAUAAAAAAAAAUUUCAUAAAUAUCGAUUUGAUCAUUGAUAUUUUAUUAUGAUAUUAUAUUGCCAGUAAAAACCCCAAGAUUUGUGAAGAAAAAAAAAUUAUUUCACAAGUGGGGAUUUUACUUGCAAAAAGAAAUUUAUAAUUUUUUAAAACAAAAAUGCUAUUUUUAAUAUAUUAUCUUUAUUUAUGUAAAUUUUUAUUGGGGCUGGGAUAAUUUUAGUUCAGUUUUUAAAAAAUUGUUUUCAAUGAUAAUAAUAAUAAUAAUAAUAAUAAUAAUAAUAAUAAUUAUUAUUAUUAUUAUUAAGAGAGUUUAGUUUUUAAAAAAUCUACUAUUUAAUCCAAGGUCUUUCAUUCUUUAAUUAAAGUUUAAAUUAAUUUAAGUAACAUAUAAUUUAAUUUGGUGUAAUGAAUAUAUAGGUAUUUUUUCGACACAUAUGUAGAUAAAAAAACGCCAGAAUCUCUGAAUUUUAAAAAACUAGAUUUGAUUUGUUUAUUUGAGGAAAACAAUCUUUUUGGAAAAUAUUUUCUUCUAUUGUGCAGAAUUAUUUCAUGUCUCGUUUUCAUUAAGGGGAAAAUAAAACUGAAAAAUACAAUUUUAAUUGGUAUCAUUUAAAUCCGUUAAUGUAAUUCGAGCAAUAUGUGAAAAUUUGAUAAAACUUUAAAUUUUUACCUUUAAAGUACAAGUAUAUCUGUUUCUACAAAUGAAAAUAAUCUCAAAGAUUUUGUACAUUCCUGCACAAUAUUUUCAGUAAUAAAAAUCUCAAGUUUUCUUA